ACAGAUGAUCCAAACAUCAUGCAGCCUGGGGAAGUCGUUGACGACUACACAGUAUUGGAUUCAGAUGAGGAGAAUGGAACAACCUCUGUGUUCGGCGAUGACGAAGAAUUGGCGCUCACGGAACCGGCUGCGGAGGUGUCAGCUUCGGCCUCGGAUCUCCAUUUCAAUCCCUCACUGCUCGAAACCGCGGGAGGGUUGUCAAAGAUUGCCCACGGCAGCGUGCCCAAGGACGUUCUGGUGGAUAUGAAGUUCAAUGGAUGGACGGAACCGACGUAUGUGACUCCCUACCCGUACAUGCACCAGCCGUACAACGCGCGACCGGACGGCUGGAUUAAAGAAGCCUACCCAAACAUCUAUGAAGGAGAACACGGACCUACAGCCGAUGCAAUUGCUGCGGCGUUGACACCGUCGGGAGCUUUCUUUCGCUUUGUACCGCCGCACUUGUGGGAAGCUAUUGCUGGAGCAAGUGAUGACUACUUCAAGGACAACCUGGACCUGCGAGCAGCUGCCCAGUACGCCAAGCAGCAAAAAGGAAAGGAGAAACACCCUGAUUUUCAAGUUCAGACGCCGCAACAAAUAAAGGAGUUUGUGCAAACUACAAAGGAUAUCUCGGGCAGAGAAUUGUGUGUCUUUAUUGGUUUGCUGAUCACCAGCACCAUCGCGCCGUAG